GAGAGUUUGCCCCAGGCUUUUACAUGAAGUUCUCUCCAUCAAAUCCCAUCUCUCCCCCACCCCCCUGUCCAGCUCAGCCCCUCUUCUCUCCUCUCGCCUCCUCGAGUGAGUGAGAGCGCAGUAAAGAAAAGGACAACCGCAGGAAAGGAUGCAUCGCCUUGCUGCUGGUAUUCCUCAGUGUGUGACUGGAAACAAGCAAACAUAUUCUGGAAUACAGCAAGCCUUUCCUCGUGCAAAGGAUUUCCGAUGUCGUUUUGGAAUUGCUUUUGGAAGUCCUCAUGCAAAUGACCCAUCCAUCUGAAUCUUCAUGAUCCGAGCUUUGAUUCAUCGCUAAAUGCGUCGGUUUUGUGCAAGAAAAAACGUCUGAACUUCGUGCGCUCGGAGGAUUUACGCAUCAGUGUCACUGGCACGGAGCUACGGAGAAUUCUGGCUCCAUCACAUACACACACACACACACACAAGUUUGCAUCAGAUGCCAAUGUUUUACUGUCUAUGGAAGUGUAAGCUUAGAAUAAACGCCUUAGUCAUGUGCACGCAUGCUCUGAAAAGUUCUCGCAUAGAGCGUUUUAAACGUUGAUAGCUCGAUUGCAACGCUAAACGACGCCUAUAAAUAUAGCUAAAGUAAAACAUGAGAGAGUUUCGCCGCAGAUCUGGUGUUGGUAACCGCAGUAAAGGCAGAAGGGAAGCGGCUCGUCGGUUCAGGGUCGUGCGUGAAGGCACUGGUGAGCGUCGCCGGGACCCGGAGCUCUCUAUCUGGUGCUCUGUUGAGGAACAGCCGCUGUCAGGGCUGGAGAGAGUGACUGAGACGAGGUGGAGGAAUGAGACCCAACAAUUCUAACACUCGGGAUUUAUCCUUUUAUACAUAUAGAGUGCAAAUUCUUGAUUGUAAAUAUUUCAAUUUUUAAUAAUUUACUGCAUAAGAAUUCUUACUAUUCUUAGGUAGAUAUCAAAAUAGAAGUCUUAAAUAUAGUAUUAGUGAAAUACAUGUAUUAAACUAAGCAAAUUACUAUUAUAUUUAGCUUACAUUUAAUUGCAAUAAUUCAAGUUAAUGCAUAAAUGGCUGUUUUUAGUUAGAUUUACAUUUAAAGAUGAGUAUUAUGGCAAUGUUGAACUUCAUAAGUGAAUACGACAUGCAGAGUUGUUCAUUAAUGCGUACAGGAUUACUUAGGGAAAGCAAGAAUGGAAGUUUUUCUGGAUUUCUUUAGUGGUCAAAACGUCACUGAUGCCAGAUUUGAGAGUAGAGUCCAUAUAGACACAUGAUUACAACCAAACAUGGUGUGGGCAUCCACCCUUCUGUUGACCUUUAGAGGAACACUUGACCUGCUAAGGGAAAGCAAUCAUUCUCAAGUUAAACAGAAGCAAGUGACUUAAAAGAAACCGAGACUGGAAAAUGACAAUUGGAAUAAGGACAAUUUGGACAACUUGUCUUUCUUGGUGGCUUGAGAUUACUUCUGGAUCCUAGACGGGAAUAAUUAAGGAGGAAUAAAGGAUUGUAUCACCCAUUACAGUUGCAUUUCUGCAGCAGAAAACGCUCGGCUCCGGCGGAAGAGCAUCGCCACCGGGAAGCAGCCAAGCAUGGAGAUCCCACCCACUGCCCCCCCACAACCCUUCCGACAAUCCUCACAAAAGAGAGUGAGCACCCCUCCGCUCCCUCGUUCCCUCCCUCUCUCCCCGACCGUCUCUCUGACUCUCCCUCCCUCUGUCCCGCUCUCUCAUUGGGCUGCUGGUGAGUGGAAGGUUGUGGGUUCUAAUCCAGGGACUGGACCCAGUUUGGCGGCACAACCCUCUCUUGAGAGUUUCCUCAGUAGAAGACUAAAGGGGUCCAUCAAACGGGCCAAGAGUCAGCCCAAACUGGACCGAACCAGCAGCUUCCGCCACAUGAUCCUCCCUCGUUUCCGCAGCGCUGACCAGGAACGGACUCGUCUGAUGCAGAGCUUCAAAGAAUCGCACUCCCAUGAGUCUUUGCUGUCUCCCAGCAGCGCAGCCGAGGCCUUGGAUUUGACACUUGAUGAAGAUGCGAUCAUCAAGCCAGUUCACUCCAGUAUACUGGGACAGGAGUACUGUUUUGAGGUGACAACUGCUUCAGGAACAAAGUGUUUUGCCUGUCGGUCAGCUGCGGAGCGAGACAAAUGGAUAGAGAAUCUACAGAGAGCUGUCAAACCAAACAAAGACAACAGUCGACGUGUCGACAAUGUUCUGAAGCUGUGGAUCAUCGAGGCCCGUGAACUCCCACCCAAAAAGCGAUAUUAUUGUGAACUGUGUUUGGAUGACAUGCUUUAUGCCCGCACCACCAGCAAACCCCGAACCGAUACUGUGUUCUGGGGUGAGCACUUUGAGUUCAACAACCUGCCAGCUGUCCGCAACCUCCGCCUUCAUCUUUACAAAGAGACGGACAAAAAAAGACGCAAGGAGAAGAGCACAUACCUGGGCUUGGUCAGCAUCCCCAUUUCCAGCAUCACUGGUCGUCAGUUUGUGGAGCAAUGGUACCCCGUCAUUCAGCCCAGCGUCCUGGCCAAGGGUGGUGGUGUGGGAGGGGGCAAAAUCAUCAACGCUUCCCUGCGGCUCAAGUCGCGCUUUCAGACCAUGAGCAUCCUGCCAAUGGAGCUGUAUAAAGAGUUUGCCGAGUAUGUCACCAACAACUACCGAACUCUGUGCGCGGUUCUGGAGCCACUGCUGAGUGUCAAGAGCAAAGAGGAAGUGGCCUGUGCUCUGGUGCACAUCCUGCAGAGCACAGGGAAGGCAAAGGAUUUCCUUUCAGACAUGGCAAUGUGCGAGGUGGACCGAUUUAUUGACCGAGAGCACCUUAUCUUCAGAGAGAACACCCUGGCCACCAAAGCCAUAGAAGAGUACCUCAAACUCAUUGGACAUAAGUACCUCAAAGACGUUUUAGGUGAUUUUAUCCGAGCGCUGUAUGAGUCAGAAGAGAACUGUGAAGUCGACCCAAUGAGAACUCCACCUUCUGUACUGCCCGAACAUCAAGCCAACCUCCGGAUGUGCUGUGAGCUUGCACUCUGCAAAAUCGUCAACUCUCAUUGUGCGUUUCCAAGAGAACUGAAAGAGGUCUUUGCGUCCUGGCGCGUUCGAUGCGCUGAGAGAGGAAGAGAGGACAUUGCAGAUCGACUGAUCAGUGGUUCCCUCUUCCUGCGCUUCCUGUGUCCAGCCGUCAUGUCGCCAUCCUUAUUCAAUCUCACACAGGAAUACCCAGAUGAACAGACUUCGCGCACACUUACCCUCAUAGCCAAAGUUGUGCAGAACCUUGCAAACUUCUCAAAGUUUGGCAGUAAGGAGGAGUACAUGUGCUUUAUGAAUGAGUUUUUAGAGAUGGAGUGGGGCUCCAUGCAGCAAUUCCUCUACGAGAUCUCCAAUCUCGAUACCGUGAGCAACGCAGUUGCAUUUGAGGGCUACAUCGAUUUGGGAAGGGAGCUGUCGAUCCUGCACAGUCUUCUGUGGGAAGUCAUGGCACAACUAAGCAAGGAUGCUAUCAUCAAACUUGGACCAUUGCCGCGCCUUCUAAAUGACAUCAGCAUGGCCCUCCGUAACCCGCACCUCCAGAGACAGCCCAGUCAUCAGACAGACAGACAGCCUCCAGAGAGACAGACAGAUAGGCUGCUCUCCAGGCCCAGCUUCAACAGGGGCAUCUCAUCUGAGUUCCAGAACCUCAUGAUGAGAGACCUCAACAGUUCAAUCGAGAUCACUCGCCUGCCCUCUCCAACCUCUGCCAUGUCCAGUGGCGGAGCCCCUCCAACCCGGCCUGGAAUGGGGGGUUUUGUGGAUCGCGAUCAUCCUCACCGAGCCUCAUCUAAAGAAGUUUUCUAUGUUGCCCGUCCCCCAUUGGCCCGCUCCAGUCCAGCGUACUGUACUAGCAGCUCUGAUAUUACUGAUCCAGACCCAAAGGACUCAAGAAUGAACAGCGUCUCUAACCUGCAGUCUAUGGGGGACAUGCUCAACUCUUCCCAGGCCUCGAUUGCUGGCCUCGGCAGCUACGGUGGGCUCGCGGCCUUGGGAGGAGGCCUCGGAGGUCAGCUGCGUGCCGGAGGGCGUAUGUCAGCCGGAUCCGGUGGUUCCAGUAUGUCCGGGGGUCUGAGGUUGAGCCAACUGAGCCAGAUGGGAGCCACCACCGACUCGCUGUCCCAACAGCAACAGCAGCAAGCCGCCGCCCUCCGCUACCCCCUCUCCUUCCAGAACCCUCUGUUCCACCUCGCUGCUGAUGGGCCUCAGCUUCACCACCAGCACAGUCGAGCCCAACCUCCUCCUCCUCUCCUGCUGGCCCCUGAGCCAGAUGCCUCUCACCCAACAUACAUCCCGCAGUUCGCCCAUGGUGGUUUCUCCCGAAGCGAAGACCUCUCCACCCUCAGACCCGGCCCUCAUCUGGGUCAGCCGAGCAUUAUUCACUCCCACAGCUACAGUGACGACUACAGCCGCCAUAACCAGAGUGACUACAGGGGACGCCAGCUCUCGAUGCACAUGCAGGAGCAGCAGCAGAUGGCAGGCAUGGCAUCGCAGACCGGCACAUCUCAUUCAUCACUAGCCACGCCUCCUUCCACCGUUCAGCCUGUCCGUCAAACCUCCAUGGCUCCUCCCACACAGCGCAUGAAAUCGCAACCCUCACAUCAGCUUUCCGUGAGUUCUGCUGCCGCUCCUGCAGCAAAGACCAGGCCACAGAGCGGAAACCUGCUUCAGUCCCCGGAGUCUGGCUUUGGGGGCCGGCAGCAGGGUCCUCGGCAGCAACUGUCCGUCAAAGACAGCACCCCCCCUGGCCUGCCGCAUCAGCAGAGCUCCACCAGGGAGAGCCAGGGAUCCCAGGGCUCUCAGGGCGGAACGCCGCAGUCCACACAGCAAUCGAAAUCACAUCAGGAACGGCAACAGGUCCAGCAACAGCAUCUGCUGAAGCCUACCAUGAGCAAACAGGGCUCUUCCCAAUCUCCAACCACUCUCAACCCCUCGACCCCUGCCUCUGAGCGAACGGUCGCCUGGGUGUCCAACAUGCCCCAUCUUUCUGCUGACAUAGAGAGUUCCCGCAUCGACAGAGAAGAAUUCAAGCUAAAGGAGUAUUCCAAGAGCAUGGACGAGUCACGUUUGGACAGGGUGCGUGAAUACGAGGAGGAGAUCAACUCUUUGAAGGAGCGUCUGAUAAUGUCACACCGUAAGCUGGAGGAGUACGAGAGGAGGCUGUUAACUCAGGAGCAGCAGACCAAUAAAAUCCUGCUGCAGUAUCAGAGCCGACUGGAGGACAGCGAGAGGAGACUGAGACAGCAGCAGAUGGAGAAAGACAACCAAAUUAAAGGAAUUAUUGACAGACUCAUGGCUGUGGAAGACGAGCUGAGGGUAGGGGUGGUGCCUGAGCACAAACCCAGGAUAUUCGCAGACCAGGAAAAGCAGCUUUCCGCCUUGGGUUCAGCAGACCCCGGUGUGAGUUUUGGAGGAGAAAUGACCAGCGCUCCUGGCUAUGUUGGAGUCUCUCCCUCGGACAAAUCCUCUACCCGAUCCCCCCCGAAUGGAAUCUUGUCCUUCCCGUUAGCCCCCCCUCCUCGUUCUCUUCCUCACGCACAACUCCGGCCUAACGGAGAGCUCCCCGGCAACCAAAAAUCAGCAACAGCACCGAGGGCAAGUUCGGAGGGGGAGCAGGUCAAUAACAACGUUGACCAAAUCUGAGAAAAUUUUUAGGAAUUCUGAAGAAAAAGUCACAUCUUUUGUCAUCCCCAUUAUAAGGAUGAAUCUUCAGCGGUUGUUUUCUUUUUGUUUGUUUUUUGUACAUUAGACUGAGGACAAGUGGGAGGCGGGACAUUACUUGCACCAUCCAAAACAAAAGGGCUCUCCAUUGGAUCCGAUAUGUUAUUCUGACAUCACUUUUUCUUUGGAUCAAAUUUAAAAGCCCCAUGCACGUACAGUACCUCUGCCACCACAGGUCAUCUAAACCACUGGAAAGUGCUUGCUUCAGGUUCCAGGUUUUUGACUGAGCUCCCUCAUAUUGUGUAAAAAAAAAAAAGAGCCGGGAACAACCCCGGGAAUGGUGGGCAAACAAACUUAUACGUAUGUUUCGAAGUGUAUAGAGAUCCCAAUUUGACCCACGAACAGACAUCAGCUUUGUCUUGGGAAUUUUGUCUUGUCAUCUGGCUUCCCUAGUGCCUUUCUGUAUCUCUAGACAGGGUUUUCAAACGAACACAAGAAUAAUGAUGGCAGAAUUACAGAAAUGGUUGUGCAAACUCCACUCUCUUCUCGAGAUUGCUCAUCUAGGAAAGAUUGAUGUGUUCUUCUGCCUCAAUGUUAUGCUGAAAAUGUCGAGCUUUGGAGUCCGACCGUGGCUCGGAUUUUUGUGGACAAUGUCUGGAAAGUGCUUGUGGUCUUUGAAUUGCCUCACUAGACUGAACUUGUGCAAUGUUUUCUCUUCUCAAUCUCAGAACCUAUGUGUAUUUAACUGGUGCUAUGGAUUCACAAAGCAUUGCUCUGUGUUACAUCACCGCCUCCCAUUCUGUCAUCGUCCUAACUGUUCAUAUACAGUAUGUCUUCGUCCUCCCAUUCAUCUCCUUACAGGCCAAUUUUGACUUUCUUUCAGUGUGUGUAUGUGUGUGUGUGCAGCGUGAGGUGAGCGUGAGGUGAUCUCUGUCAGGUCAAAACCCUUUUGUCUUUUUUCUUAAAACAAGAUGCUAGGCCAGAAUGCAGUUGUGGUCAUAAGGCAUUUUUUAUACAGAUGCGUUUUCCUCAAAAUGGAUAUGAUGAGCUGAUAUUUCAAAUAAGCAGAACUUUGUGUGUUUUUUGGUCUUAAAAGACUUUUUAAACUCAAAGUCAACUUGAAAACAACCAAUUUUACCUCUAUAAUGUGACAUGUUUUUGAGUAAAAUGGGUAAAUUUGAACUUUUAGGAAUUUAUUGGAUUGUAAAAAUGGGUGUAAUGGAUUUCAGUGGCUGAAAAUUCAAUUUAAACAGAUUUGUGAUGUUUUUUCAGAGGUGGUGCAAGUUAUAUUUUGUUAAAAGAUUAUGAAAACAACCCUGUUUUUUUUUUUAAUAUAGAAUACCAUGCACCAAAUCAUCAUAAAUAAUAAGACCAAGAAUGAGGUGCAUUGAAAAAGUAAACAGUGACUUUCACCAAAUACUCAUUACAUUUACAUUUAUGCAUUUGGCAGAUGCUUUUAUCCAAACUGAAUUCAAGGUAAAGCUUUUAUCAAUUCAUGCCUCCUCUGGGAAUCAAACCCAUGACAUUGGCUUUGCCACGCUGUACUGUUUGAGCAACACGAAAGCUACAAAUUAUGAAUAAUAAAACCAAGAACGUGCAUUUUUAAAAGCAUACAGGGCCAAUUUUGAUUUCACGUUGACUUUAAAGUUGCUCAAGCAUCUCUAAUGUAGUUUUUGGUGCCGUCGAAUGGCAAAUUUUUUGUUAGAUAGCUAAAAUCAGAUCUUAUGUACUGUACAGAAAUAUUGCUAGCUAUAAUUCUUCAUUUGAGUAUCACUGCCAUCUGGUACUGAUUGUAUUCCUCAUCGUUCACUACAGCUUCCGUUUUAUUGUUUGUUUUACGAUUAAUCAGUUCAUUGUCAUGUUUCUACAGACUCAAGACAUUCACGUGGCUUCACUGAUACAAGUCAUUCAUUUGUAACCCAAUUCAUUGCUGAUUGCCUUGUUGUUGCAUUGAAAACUACUCAAGUUCUGUAUGUAAUACAGCUACACCAAUACAGCAGGCCUAGAUGAGAGCGAGGAGACUUAAAUCAUAACUGCACAAUAAAAACACUGAGCUGUACUGUAAUAUUUAAAGAUUGGGAAGGCACUAGAGAGGAGAAUGGACUGAUUGCCAUUUUAGCUUUUAAGAGCUUCGAGGGCUAUCUUUAAGUGACUUCUACUCCAUUUAGUAAUAAUCAACAGGCAAUUUUGUUUAUGUCCCAAAAGCGGUUAAGAGAAAUGGGAUAACAGGGUUAUCGGCUGAUAAAUGUGCCAUGACAUGAAUAUACCUCAGACGUAGAAUCGAAUGACUCAGGUAAACUUUCAAUUGCCUCACAGUUUAAUGCAAACUGGAAAAAAAAAACACAUUUUAAGUUGAGCUGCCUGUUUUGGUAGUUAGUCCAUUUCUUCUCUGAGAUUAGUAGCAGUGAUUGGUCAGCGGCUCAUCAAGCACCUCCUCUUUUCCCUGCAUCUCCAGCCAAUCACAAAGCUUCAUGGAGGACAAUCUGGAACCUAAUUGGAGGCCUCACCAAGGACAUUCUUCAGGUUGGCCAGGGUUUAAUUCCAGGGCGCUGUCACGCGAUUCGGUUGGUUGACAGAGGGGAAACUGAGGCUUUGACUCAGUGCCAGAGCCGAUCCAAAGAAAAAAAAUAUAGGUUCCCCUCCUCUGAUGUGCCCUCUCUCUGAUAUAAUUUGACAUGAUGACAGUUUGGGAUGCUUAACAUCUGUCAGACGUGCCUCUGAACAGCACGAGAGAUGACGUCGCAUGCAGCGCAAGCGGUUCCUUGAGAGAGCUGGAGAGGUUCUGUGGAUCAGAUCAAUCUCAAAGGUGCUGUUUUUUAGGUUCUUUACUAACUACAUGUAGGAUAUUGAACAAUCCUCUACUUCUUCUCAUUAUGAUCUUCAUAUGCCACAUUAGCUCUGCCUGUCAUGCCUGCCUGUCUCAACCAUGUCUUUUAUUUUGGGGAAACUGAAUAUGCCCAGCCUUUUUUUUUUCUUUUUCUCAAGAGACGCUGAUUUGCCCUUCAGCGGAUUUGGUAAGAGGCUGGAAAUAUCCGAACUUUUGUUUCCUGGCAGUUUUCUACUUCUUGACUGGACCUCACCCAGAUGAAAUCACAUAUUUACAUGCUGGUAAUGUGAGAAAAGAACUGAAAAUAAUCCUUUUUAGAUCCGUGAAUUUGUGACAAUCUCCUUGCAAAGAAAUAUCGACAACCUGUUAUUUUACCUGCUCCCCCUUCCCGCAUUUUGCUACUGUACGUCCUGGAUCCCCUGCAACUCCUUUGUAUGUGAAAGAAAGAUGGAUUCUUUUACUUUUUAACUCUUUUUCGUUUCGCUGUGGAGUUCUUGAUUUUAUGGACGACACUGUUUGGAUGUGGAAUCCUCUUAUUUAGAAAUUUGGAACGUUUGUAGGAUUGUGGGUAGUUUUGCAAAGCGAAGCCAAGUUGCUGUUUUAAAUUUAACUUUAUUUCCUUUCAUUGGACGCCAUUGCCGGGCAACACAGACAUUUCUCUGCUUCCUUUUUACACCACUAGACAAAAAUAUAAAUGUUGAGAGAUCAUGCAGGUCGAAUAAUGUUGUGGGUGACUGUGUGUAUAUACAGUGUGUGUACAGUCUUUUGUGUAUAUACUGGAUGUAUGGUUAUACAAUAUAAAUAUAUAUAUAUAUGUAUUUGUACAUAAGGUAUGUUUGUAUAUGCAGUGUACAGAAUGUGUUCUUUUACACCGAUUUCCCUUUUUCUCAAUAUGUGGACAAGAAAAAGCAUAACGGAACUUUGUGGGAAUUAAAACUCAAGUUGGCGACUCGUCGGCGGAUGUCUUCGAAGCACUUUUUGCUCGGGCUGAUUGUACGCAGCCUGAAACCUACGAUGCAUCGCCGUGAGUCCGCCACGUGGUUCGCCAGUCUAAAGCUUGCACUCAUUUUCUCACUGAUUGAGGUGUUUUGUAACAGGUUCUGGGUGACCAAGCAAUGCUUGUACAUAAAUAUAUAGGCUUAAUACCUACCGUAUGUAUGCAUAUAUCAACUUUUCCAGACAUAAGUCACCGGCUAAUCUUUGCAGCUUUUGCAUCUCCUCUUGCUUUCAAUUUCAAUGCGGUGCCGUGCAUCAGAUGAGGUUUUUUUGGAUCGCCGUAAGAAGGUUGCUCUUGUGAGAAGACGUUCCCAUUUUACUAUACUGACCUUUUAUAUGGCUUGAUGCUUUAUUCCCUCAUUACUUGCCUAGCAACUCUUCCAUGCAAGUAAUCGCUUCUUUGUCCCCUGUAAAUGAAUGGAGUUCCCAUGAUGUGCCUCUUUCUAAUAAACUUCAGUUGAUCUUUGUCAGCCAUAAGCCAAUCACAGUCAUCUUUCUUGACAAGCCAUAAGCCCCGCCCCUAAAUUUCCAUUUUUGAAAAGGGCAGACACUUGGGAAUUUUAUUUCUUUUUGUAUAUAUUAUAUUAAUAGAAAGAGUGGUAUGUCAGAGUGUAUUGCCAAUGUUUUUUGGAUUUGUUAUGAAUGUUGAUAUUCUGGUUAUUGAAUUAUGGUUAUUAUUGUAAUAAUAUAAUGACUGCUGUUAUCAUUUCAUCAUUCUUUAGUUUAUUCAAAGCUGUUGAAGACUUUCAUUUCUUUUUGAAUAAAUCUGAAUUUAUAUUUUUCGGGUGGGCUAAUUAUAGAAAUUAAAUCAAUUAAACAGAUGAAUAAAGAAAUAAAUUCUUAUUGAAUUCA